AUGUUUGUCCCGUCACUUCAAUCGUGUCUCUCACUUCUUCACUCUGCCUCCAAUCAACAGUCAUCAAAGCUUCUUCAGGAUGCUAGACACUGUAUCUCCGAGUUCUUUCAGAAUGAAUUGAAUCUUUUGGAGCCGUACUUGGUCGACAUUGAUAUGUAUUGUUUGGGGAAAAGACCACGCUAUGGGCAACGAGCUCCACCCUCGUCGUCAGAGGAACGAUCAUCACCAGAGGUGUUCAUCGAUGUCGUGAAACCAUCCUCGAAUCUCCAACAAGAUGUCCUCCUUUCCUCUUGUCGAAAUUCCCUUCCCGCCACUCCACUCAACGAUUCGGGUUUUUGUUCAUCGAUUGGCUCAACAGCUUGUUCACCCGAUGGAACUCAUCGUUUGACUGGCGCGAUUCCCGAUAUUGAUUCCGAUUGUUCACCGCCGAAAAUGAGGAGACUUUCCUCAGAA